AUGGUCCUCAAACCUGAAGACUACACAGUUGCAUGGUUUGCACCUUUGGAGAUUGAGGCCAAGGUUGCUCGCCACAUGCUGGAUCACCGACAUCAGGGUGUAUUUGCAGUUGAUCGCGGAGAUGACUACGUCUUCCAGGCCGGCGACAUAGCAGGGCACAACGUCGUCAUCGCAACUCUGCCUGCGGGACAAGAAUAUGGGACGGGCUCUGCGGCUGCUCUAGCCGGCCAAGUCAAAAAGUCCUUCCCUAAUCUUCGAUUUGGUCUGCUGGUUGGUGUAGCAGCAGGGCUGCCGAAACUUGUCGGGGAACCGCCGCUGCGCGAUAUUCGGCUGGGUGAUGUACUGGUUGCUUUGCCCCAAGGUGACAGUGCAGGGCUCGUUGCUUACGAUCUGGGAAAAGAAACGGCCCAUGGAUUCGAACCUCUGAGACUGGGGCAUAGCCUUGCCAUGACGGAAACCAUCAUCAGGUCUGCAAUCGGAAACAUUAAGCUCGAUGAACCACACGAGAGUGAGCUAUUCCUUCCUUACUACGACAAGAUUAAAGGACAUAGAUGGGUCAGUGGUGCUUCAAGUGGCAAUUUCAUGGACCCUGGCCAGGGAAACGACGUGCUUUACGAUGGAGACACGGCAGUGCGGCGGCCGUGGAGGUUCGAAUCAGAACGGACUCGUGUAUGGUACGGCCCCAUUGGUUCUGGGGAGAAGCUCAUGAGACGUGCAGACCAGAGGAACCAGCUCCGCGACAGGUUUAACAUCAUUGGGCUGGAGAUGGAGGCUGCAGGUACCGUGAAUCGCAUUCCGGUUGGGGUCAUCCGGGGUGUUUGCGAUUACGGAGAUGAACGCAAGAACAAGGAAUGGCAGCCCUAUGCGGCAGCAAUGGCCGGGGCAUUUGGAAAGGCUGUUCUUUAUCAGAUCCCACCACCUCUCACAACUGCCGCUUCUCGCGUCUCUUCAGCUCCGAUAAACAGCAAUCCUACUCCCACGCCCCAGAAGACGGAGAUCCAGAUGGCCGACUGA